CUUUGCAUUGAACUGCUCUGGCAACAUUCUCCAGCUCAUGGACGACUGAAGAUUAUUCUCCAGCUCAUGUACGACUGAAGAUCAUUCUCCAGCUCAUGUACGACUGAAGAUCAUUCUCCAGCUCAUGUACGACUGAAGAUCGCUGGUGUCACAGUAAACCCAGGGCGACCGCUGUCUGCACACAAGAGGAUGGGUGUGGGCAUUUUUUCAGAUGUCAUAUUCUUCCUCAAAGUGAACUCCUUACCCCUUAAAGAAAGGAAAAGGCUAAAAAACAGCAUCAUUUCGAAUGGAGGAGAAAUUUCAUUAGUGCUGAAUGGAAAGUGCACACACGCUGUUGUCGUUAAUCCUGCCACACUAAACAGUACCCAGCAGAAGAAAAUCGAGAAGUACAUAAUCUCCGUAGUAAAUCCUGACUUCAUAUGGAAAUCAGUGCAAGAAGAAAGACUUCUAGAGGUGGAAUGUAAGGACAAUGAUGGACCAAUUGAAGUCACUGGGGAUGAACAUCAAGAGAAAAAGAAAAAUCUAUUUCUUGAAAAAUGUAUAACCGUAAACAAGAAAGAAACACUGGAAAGCACUUUGGAAGAGGAUUUCGAAUUUGAAGAGAGUGGAGAAAAUGACAAUAUUCCAGACGACACUGAAGUGGCACAAUACUAUUGUUUCCAAAAAGAUAAAGAAUAUGCAGUUGUUGAACUACUUUGCUUUAGCAGACAGGAUCCCUUUCCAUUUAGGGUAUCUACUGUCUGUGGUCUUCCUAACACAUCUGAGAAAGAUUUUACGUUUCACCUGGUGGAUGCUGCUGAGAAAGCUUGUGAGAAAUAUGAGCAUCGCAUUAAUGACCUUAUUAAUAAAGGAUUCACGCAAAUCGAUAAGAUCCCCCUGCAAGCUGAGAACUUGGCUUCCAAAGCACUGCAGAAGGUGCUGCUCGGAGAAGCCAUCAAUAUUACAGAAUUGUCCCCAGAAGUCGCUGGCUUGGUUGAGUCUAUUUGGGUGGAUGCAGUUGGACAUUUGGACUCUAUACUUUCAUGCCCUGUGGAAAACAUCAGUCUGAAUGAUCUUAGUAAAGCUGAAGGAAUUCUAUGCCAAGUCCGAAAUGCUUUAAUCAAGAAAGAUAAAGAAGACAUUAAUCAGAUGAUGCAAGAGUUCUACCGAUUUAUUCCACACAAGGAAAAGAAACAGAAUAAGAUUAAUAUGAAGUUAUUGACUGUUAAGCAGGACUUAUGCCAGGUAAUUAGGGACAUGAUUAAUGUCUGUGAGACCAGCUUAUCUAAACACACUCCAACUUCUACUGCUAAAUACCAAGCGCUCAGAUGCAGAAUUGAACAUAUUCACCCAGACUCUGCAGAGUGUCUUCAGGUGAAACAGGGUAUUCUGGAUCACAACCACAGAAAAGAAAAUUUUAAUAUCUUAAGAGUUUUCCGAGUUGGAAGACUGAGUGAGGCCAUGAACUUUAGAAGUGAACUUGGAAAUGUCAAGUCCUUGCUCCAUGCUUCUUCACCAUGCAAUUUUGUGGGUAUCCUCUCACGAGGACUAAUGAUGCCAAAGAUUGUUGUUGAAGAAUUUGGUGGUGAAAGAACUGAUAUUGGAAACCUUGGAAGUGGCAUUUAUUUCAGUGAUUCAAUAAGCACAAGCGUAAAGUAUUCCCAGCCAAGUGAUAUCACUGGAUCGCGGCUCUUGGUUGUCUGUGAUGUGGCUCUUGGUAAAAGCACAGAUGUGUUUCGCAGAGAUUAUACAAUCACUGAACCACCCAGUGGCUUCCACAGUGUGCAUGGUGUCCAAUGGAAGGAUGGGGUCAACUCAGACUUUACAGAUGAUGAAUAUGUAGUGUAUAAUGUAAAUCAAGUAGAAAUGAAAUACAUUGUUCAGUUUUCCACCGAUGGGGAUUAUGUCGACCUGGAUAAGGAAUCUUUGUUUAUUUCCAUUGGUCAGACACCUGAUCAUUGUAUAGGCCUGCCUGAACCAUCCGAAGAUGUUUCAAUAGAUGAUCUACCUGAUGAACAGGUUAUAAAAAGUGGUCUAAAAGGCAGUGAUGGGCAGCAAAUUCCUUUACAAAGCAUACACGUCAAAGCUCAAUUAAUGGACCUUGCAGCUCAGUUGGUGAUAUUCCAGACCUAUAAGAAUAAUUCUGACUUCCCUAUUGAGGCAAAAUAUGUUUUCCCUCUGAACAGUACAGGAGCUGUAUGUGGUUUUGAAGCUUUUAUCAAUAGGAAACACAUCAUAGGAAAGGUAAAGGAAAAACAGCAGGCACAUCGAGAGUACAGGACUGCUAUCUGUGAAGGACAUGGUGCUUAUCUCAUGGAUCAAGAUGCUCCUGAUGUAUUCACAGUGAGUGUGGGAAAUUUACCACCCAAUGCAACUGUUGUCAUAAAAAUCACCUAUGUUAUGGAGCUCAGCUGUGACUAUGGUUCUAUUAAUUUCUCAAUUCCUGGAAGUGUGGUUGAAUGGCAAGAAGACAGAGCAUUAAAAGAAAAUACCCAGGAUACUUUAACAAAAGUGGGCAUUGAUAGUGACAUGGCAACAAAGGGAUCCUUUAGUUUGGAUAUGUCCAUUGAGAUGCCAAGAAAAAUAGAAUUCAUUAAAUCUUAUACACACACAAUAAAAAUAAAGAAAACCGAGUGCAAAGCUGUCAUUCAAACUGAAGAAUCCAGUUGUUUCAAUGAUGACGGUUUUAGUUUAAUCAUAUCAUUGGAAAAUGCCUAUAUCCCAAGGAUGUGGGUUGAGAAACACCCAGAUCAAGACAGCGAGGCAUGCAUGCUGAUUUUUCAACCUGAGAUUGAAUAUGCAUGUGAGGAUAUAUUUUUGACAAUAUGCCUUGAUUGUUCCAACUCCAUGGAGUCCUGUUUUCACAGUGCUAAACAGGUGGCACUACUUGCACUGAGAUCUAUAAACUGCAGCUAUGUGAACGUUGUCCUUUUUGGGUCAAGUUAUAAACAGAUGUAUUUCUACCCAAAGAACUGCCACUGGAGAAAUCCAGUUGAGGAGAAAUUUAUAAAAGAUGCAAAACCCACCAUGGGCAGCACUGAGUUCUGGAAGGUUCUACAAUCCUUGUGUUUACUCAGACCAAAAAAGGGACAUCAGAAAGUUCUCCUCAUCACUGAUGGACAUGUCCAGAAUGAAAACGUGAUAUUUCAAAUUCUAAAAAAAUAUAAGAAUGACAUUCAGCUGUUCACUUGUGGUGUAGGGACUACAGCAAAUAAGCACAUGCUCAGAUGUUUCGCACAAUAUGGUUCUGGAGCCUUUGAAUAUUUUGCUGACAGUUCUAAGAGCAGAUGGAACGCUCUGAUAGAGAAACAGAGUCAACGGCUCCAGGAUCCAGCAUGUACAGAGGUCUCUGUCAAGUGGAGGCAGUAUAAACCUAUCUGUGACGUCCUGCAAGCCCCUACAAACAUACAAGCUUUAUUCUCCGUGGAUUCCCUUUUUUGCUAUGGCUUUGUCUCUCAUUGCACUCAGGCAACACUGAAGGCGGUAAUUAAUAAUGAAGAGCUUGAGAAUAUUGUUUCGACCACUGAGCUACAGAAGACAACUGGAACAAUACUGCACACCCUUACAGCUCGAGCUAUAAUUAAAGACUACGAAGAUGGUAUUCUGCACGAGAAGGAAAAUGAGAAUGAGAUGAAGAAACAAAAGAUGAAGUCUACCAUCAUUGACCUCAGUAAAGAAUACUCGUUAGUGACUCAAUUCACUAGUUUUGUGGCCGUGGAAGAACGGAGUGCAGAAGAAGACAUUGACCUUGAACCGAAUGUUCUUGAAAUUAUAUCUUCAGUAGACGUGGAUAUUCUUCCGUACAUGGACUGGUCAACUCAAGAUUCUGAUGAGAAUAAUGUUGAAUCAUCUAGUACUGAAGAAGAUUCUGAGGCAGUUGACUGUUAUGAAUCACCCUGUUAUGAACAGGAAUAUCCGACCGUUGGCGGUUCUAACAUUAUGGAGAUUCAGUCGCCAGAUGCUUUGAUCUGCAAAGGAUGGCCGUUCUACAGGAGCCACCGCUGUUCAGUGAUCCAGAGGGACUCCGACAUCUUGGACCCGGUUAACCUCAGCCAGCCUAUGUUACCACCACGUAGUAGAAUACAGAGGAAAAUAUGUAUGGAUGCAGAGUCCGAAGAAGAAAGGAGUAUCUCACCCUAUGAAAACUUUGAGGUAGCAGAAAAGAUCCCUGCACCAAUCAUGUUGUGUUCUAGGAAGAAACAGGAAUCAAGUUUACCGGAUAUUCGUUCCCAAAUGUUCAUGUCCAAAAUGUCACGUCCUGACGUUGCACCAGUGGAUAGCUUUUGUUUAGAAGAGAAGGAACCUCCAUUGUCGGUUAAACCCAGCCCGCCUAAAGCUCUGCGACGCAAAAAGCCGUUAGUCAAAUUAUGUAUAGCGACAGAGCCCAAAGAAAAGUGUUUUUCACUUGUUGAAAGCAUUGAGAUAGGCAGAAGACCUAACCACAUUGAAGCCGGCCACAGUCAUCGGUUCAGUAAUUCCCCAACCUCCAGUCCCAUGUGGGGUUCCUCUAGCCUCAUAUGGGGAAUUGCUUGAUUCAGCAACACAGUACAAUACAAUCAGCUCCUCAGAUUUUGGAAGCUUUGAAUUCACAAAGAAAAAUAGAAGGUUUACGUCAAUGCCUUUGGCUGCUGCACCAAGUUUCUCACCGUUUGGUUCAGCAAUUCCCCCACCUCCACUCCCAGGUAGUGGUCCUCCAGCUCCAGUACAUCAGAUUAUGGCACCCCCACCUCCCCCUCCG